ACCCGGUAGCAGAUGCGUUGAUCGAAUUGCCCCAUACCGUGGUCCCCACCAACUGACCGCGUGUGCUCCGAUGCACGCGAAUGCGCCACUAGCAGUAGUGCUGAGCGCGAACCCCGCUGAACCCUGCGGAUCGCUGCUGUACUGUAGCCACUGCCAAUCAACCUAAAUUGAGCGAGAUAAAUCUGCCGCUUGGUCAGGCAGAGGACAGAGCGAGACGCACUGCGUUGUCGUUGGACAGACGUUUUUGUACGUAGAUAUGUUUGAGUGAUAAGAGUGGGUUGGCGAAGUCGAGUCUUGAUCGCGAGCGGGCGGGCAACUCAGUCGAACGAACGCAUAAAACCGGCUGAUCAACCAAACCCGGCGCUACAGUCGCUCGCCGUCGGUGCAACCGUGCGCAUCAACUUUAACAGACGACACACUGGUGCUACUACUACGUCUGCUCGAUCGACUAGUGGACACUCUCUCUCUGCAAAAAGCCGUUCGAUCGCUGUGUUGCACUGUUAACCCGCAAAACUCCACGAUCAAAGGCCGGGCGAUCCGAUCCGAUUCGCAAUCAACCUGCGUACCAGAGCCACGCCAACAUGUGUGAGGCCAGCAAGCAGAGGGAAGCGUGCCAGCGGCGGUAUCGGGAAUGGGAGGAGAACGAAGAGAUUCGUAUCUUCCGCGAGUAUCUACGCAUCCCGACUGUUCACCCUAAUGUGAAUUAUGACGAAUGCGUGGAGUUUCUUAAGCGCCAGGCCGCGUCUCUCGAGCUGCCAGUGCAGGUGAUCGAGGUGAAUCCGCGCAAACCGAUCGUCGUGAUCACCUGGGAAGGUACGGAACCGGAAGCCAAGUCGAUCAUAUUGAACUCGCACAUGGACGUGGUGCCGGUGUACGAGGCGCUCUGGAACCGGCCACCAUUUGGGGCGGAAAUGGACGAUGAGGGCCGCAUCUAUGCCCGGGGGGCUCAGGAUAUGAAAUGCGUUGGGAUGCAGUUCCUCGCGGCCAUCCGUGCGCUGCAGCGGGAUGGCGUGCGACUGAAGCGCACCAUCCAUGCGACUUUCGUCCCAGACGAGGAGAUCGGCGGCAAGCUCGGCAUGAUGCAGUGGGUGCACAAGCAGUCGUUCAAGCAGUUGAAUGUCGGCUUCUCCAUCGACGAGGGCAUUGCCGGUGAGGGCGAAAUCUAUCCGCUGUUCUAUGGAGAGCGUAGCGUUUGGCAUGUGUAUUUCACCAUUUCCGGCACGCCCGGGCACGGUUCGCUUCUGUUGAAGGGCACGGCGGGCCAGAAGGCGCACUACAUCAUCGAUAAGUUGAUGCGGUUCCGCGAGAACGAGGUCAAGCGCCUGGAGAACAAUCCAGACUUCACGAUCGGCGACGUCACCACUGUCAAUUUGACCAUCAUGAAGGGAGGCGUGCAGGAGAACGUGGUACCGCCGGAGCUGACGGUAUGCUUCGAUAUUCGGCUGGCAGUGAACGUUAACCAUCUGGAGUUCGAAAAUCAGCUGCUAGACUGGUGCCGGGAGGCCGGUGGUGGUAUCGAGCUCGAGUACGACCAGAAGUGCCCGUACGUGAAACCCACCAAACUGGACGACUCCAACAUCUACUGGGUCGCGUUUAAGCAGGCGCUCGACGAGCUCGGCCUCAAGGUAAAACCGCAGAUCUUCCCGGGCGGCACGGAUAGCCGGUAUAUUCGGGGUAUCGGCAUCCCAGCCAUCGGCUUCUCGCCUAUGAAUAACACGCCUGUGUUGCUACACGAUCACGACGAGUUUCUGAAGGCGGACACUUACCUCGAGGGCAUUCGCAUCUAUCGCCAGAUCAUCACCAGGGUGGCGAACGCAUAACGCGCGCGCUCGAUCGCGCUUGAUCCGCAAACGACCCAUCCCAUUUUCCUGCAUUUUCUCCCAUCCCAUCCAGCCAAGUCAUCGAAAUUUUGCAAAGAUUUCGGUUGCAAGCGAUUCCGAAAUACAAAAAAGAAUCUAACAAAACCAAA